AUCCGCCUCACUGCCUUAUUUUGUUGUGACAACAAACGAACAAAGUGAAAAUUGCGUAGCAUAAAAGCACAUUUUCUCUGCGUUGUGCUUCGUUACGAUCGUGGAAAGUGCAUAAAGAUUGCCCGUAAAUUGACGCCGCUUGUCGAAGGAAACGCCGUACGUAGGAUCAAGCAUGACGAAGGUGGAAAUCCCGCUCAAGAAUAAGUCCGACCCAUCGGAAACAUUCAUUCAAAACGAGAAGGACGUUGAGGUGCGGGUACGGGCACCGAAAAAGGUGUUGCAUUUUAGCGAUGGAACGUUGGAAGAGUUUAGUGACGAUGAGGAGGAUCAGGUCGAUAAGCCAGCACCAGCGCCAGUUGAUGAGUCUAAACUGAACUGGGGCGAAUGGAUGCGCUACAAAACGUGCAAGCUUGGAACCACGGUACUGGCCGGAUGUGACUACGUAGGUGAAGGACUUGCAUCGUUCCUGGGUAUUACGACACCGAAGUACAGCUACGAGAUUGAGGAAUUCAAACGGAUGCAAGCGGAACAGCAGGCCGAAGACCGUGCCAUUCAAACGUUCGUGGAGCAAAACCGUCCUCAGCACACGAAUCACAGUGUUUCGGAAGCACCAACCGCUACAAAUGCAAUCGCCGUAUCAAACCCGAAGAGCAAAGACAGCAGCGAAGUUUGUGUGGUAAACGAAAUUCAAAAGUUUUGAAGCAUUUUGUGGUGCGUAUUUUUCCCGACCCUAGCUGGAUUUUGUUGAUAAGGAAUCAGUGUAAGCGACCAGCAGAAGCAAUGCGUGCGUGUAUUAUAGAACGAAAAAUGUAAGUUAAGUCAUUUGAAACGAACACAAGAACGAAGCACAAAUCAUGCUAGGAAGGCAAAAGCACGCCGUUGAGGGCGCAACAUUUAGCUAAUAAGUCUGUUUUAUGGUUUAGAGAACUGAAUAUUUAAACGAUGUAGGAGUUAAGGAUUGAUUUGGAUUGCGAACGAGAUCUCUAAGCUGAUUAGCGAAAACGGGCCGUUAAUUAUACUGAUAUGACGAUGUAUGGACGGUUUCAGCAAACUUACCCUUUGAGACUGAAGGGAAAUUGAAAAUUAUAAAUAUUUAAAUUAAUCAACACAUUUACGGAAUCAUAUUUAAAUAUUGCGAUGGUCUUACCAUUAUUCAUGAGGAAUAAAAUAUGGCAUAAUGUACAAACAUCACAUGUAUAACAGUAACAAAAAUAAAAUGAAGGAUUUGAAAAAAACUGA